AUGACAAAGAAGGGGGAGAUAGAUGUUGUUGUUGCUGCCGUACCCAUAACUAAAACUGAAGCUGACGUUCCUAGAGCCAAAGCUAUUGAAGUUGAGGUUGUUGAUGAAACCAUCACCUCCCAUGAAGCUCUUGAAGCUGAGGUCAUUGAUAAAGACGUCAGAGCUGAUGUUGAAGCUUGUGACAAAGACCUUCCUAUCACCCCUUCAGCUGAUGAUGGUGAUAAGGAGGAUGAUGAUGAAGACGAUGACGAUGAUUCUCCUACCCUUCCUGACACUAGGAAGGAUCUCGGUGGUGAUGAUGAUGAAGACGACGAUGAUGACGAAUUCACUAUUCAGUACCAAAAACCUGCCAGCAUUGUGAAAGGAGUCUCUCUUAGGGAUUCUACAUCCCAAGGGGAGAAAAAGAAAGAAAAAGAGAAGAAGACUUCUGAGAAGGACCAGAACACCAAAUCAAAAGACAAAGGUGUUGCUGAAGAAGGAAAAUCUCAAGGCACUCUUCAAACUUGUUGUGCCUCUAAGUACAAAAUCUUCCAGAGGUACAUACAAGGCAAUUACACUUGCACGAAACACAAUAUCGGUCCACAUUAUGAGGUAGAGGAACUGUACCAAGAGCCCGUGACUACCACCAUUCCCAUAAGUGAGAUUUUUAUCGACAUUGGUCCUACAUCACGUAUUGAUAUACCAAAUAAUGAUGAUGAGAAUGAUGAAUAUUACAACGAGGAAGAGGACGAGGAUGAUGAGUACCACAGUGAUGACGUGGAAGAGGACGAGAACGAUGUGCUUGGAAUCAACGAUGAUAUAGAUUCAGAUAAUGAUGUUAAUGAGUUUCAUAAUACUGGUGAUGAAUAUCGCCAUGACCCAGAUUGUUGA